CAACUAAUUUUUAAGAAGAAAGAAGAAAAAGUCGGUAGUCAGUGAACGAUCAUGAUGUGUAAUGUGAGAGAAAACGUGUUGAAUGAAUGUAAAGGGUGUGGUACUGUUUUUUGGUCGCGGAAAUCUGGGUAGUUGGAUCUUAUAAAGGCCUGGGGUUGUGGGUUAUAUAUAUCCAAUAGAGCUCUUGGAUCUCCUUCAUAGGUGGGCACAGCAGUAGAAUAAAAAGAAACAAGCUAAUUUCUCUAUUCCACUUCUUCUGCCUUAGAUCUCUCCUUAACCAGACACUAGAAGAACAAAAAAAAUAAAAAUUCUGUCUUUCUUAGUUUUGUCCCCAUUCAUCCAUUUUUAAGAGGUCAUCAAUAGCAAAGAAAGAUGGUGAAGAUCUGUUGCAUUGGAGCUGGAUAUGUAGGCGGGCCUACCAUGGCUGUAAUUGCAUUGAAGUGCCCAGAAAUUGAGGUAGCUGUUGUUGACAUUUCCGUGCCACGAAUCAAUGCCUGGAACAGUGAUCAGCUCCCCAUAUACGAGCCUGGGCUAGAUGAUGUGGUAAAACAGUGCAGAGGGAAGAACCUAUUCUUUAGCACUGAUGUUGAGAAACAUGUUAUGGAGGCAGACAUUGUCUUUGUUUCAGUCAAUACUCCUACCAAAACCCAAGGUCUUGGAGCUGGCAAAGCAGCUGAUCUGACCUAUUGGGAGAGUGCUGCUAGAAUGAUUGCUGAUGUAUCAAAAUCGGACAAAAUUGUGGUUGAGAAAUCAACAGUCCCUGUGAAAACAGCUGAGGCAAUAGAAAAGAUUCUGACCCACAAUAGUAAAGGAAUCAACUUCCAAAUUCUUUCCAAUCCUGAAUUUCUUGCCGAGGGAACUGCAAUUCAAGACCUUUUCAAUCCUGACAGAGUUCUCAUCGGAGGCAGGGAAACCCCAGAAGGCACGAAGGCCAUACAAGCACUGAGAGACGUUUAUGCCCAUUGGGUCCCUGUUGACCGAAUUAUUUGCUCUAAUUUGUGGUCUGCUGAACUCUCAAAACUUGCUGCAAAUGCCUUCUUGGCACAGAGGAUCUCUUCUGUUAAUGCCAUUUCAGCACUCUGUGAGGCAACUGGUGCAGAUGUCACCGAAGUGUCACAUGCUGUUGGUAAGGACACAAGAAUUGGUCCCAAGUUUCUGAAUGCUAGUGUUGGUUUUGGUGGGUCAUGCUUCCAGAAGGAUAUCUUGAACUUGGUUUAUAUUUGUGAGUGUAAUGGCCUUACUGAGGUAUCAAAUUAUUGGAAGCAGGUAAUUAAGAUUAAUGACUAUCAGAAGUCCCGAUUUGUUAACCGGGUUGUGUCAUCAAUGUUCAACACAGUUUCAGGUAAGAAGAUUGCCAUUCUGGGCUUUGCCUUCAAGAAGGACACCGGUGACACCAGGGAGACCCCGGCCAUUGAUGUUUGCAAGGGCUUGUUGGGUGACAAAGCGCGGUUGAGCAUAUAUGACCCACAGGUCAAUGAGGACCAGAUCCAGAGGGAUCUUUCCAUGAAAAAAUUUGAUUGGGAUCACCCACUUCAUCUUCAGCCGAUGAGCCCUACAUCUGUUAAGCAAGUUAGUGUUGUCUGGGAUGCUUAUGAGGCAACUAAAGAUGCUCAUGGAAUAUGCAUUUUGACCGAGUGGGAUGAAUUUAGGAGUCUUGAUUAUCAAAGGAUCUAUGAUAACAUGAGGAAGCCUGCAUUCGUGUUUGAUGGUCGGAACAUUGUGGAUGGGGAGAAGCUUAGGCAAAUUGGGUUUAUUGUUUACGCCAUUGGAAAGCCACUGGAUUCUUGGCUCAAGGACAUGCCGGCUGUGGUAUAAAGGCUACAAAGAAGACACUUUUGAAUAGUCUUGCUUUUAGUCAAAUAUAAAUUUUUAUAUUGAGAGAGGAUGAUGUGUCCGAUAUUUCAUUUCAUUAUAUUAUUUGUUUUUUUUUUUUUCUCAUUCUGGUAGUUUUAAGGUAAUGUUAUCUCUCCCUUAUGGUAGGUACCUUGAUACAGUAUUCUGCCCUUACACCUCUUUAGCUAGUACAGCAUCUAAAUUUGUUCGUACUUUAUUAAUGUAAUAAACGAGAAUUCAAGAAUUUCAAUACUAUUCAUCUAAUUCUCUA